UGCGUUAUAUGAAAUGUCAUCUGCUGUAAUGAUUUACUCCAUUCGGUUUAGAAUCAAUGAAAAAUAUUUUCGUCUGUAGUAUUUUAAUUCAAUCUUGCUGCUCCCUAAUCGUAUCUCUGCACCCCACCCCAUCACCAACAGAGCCGAAAUUUAUGCAUUCUGGGCACAGACUGAUAGUGUUGGCUGUCUAUAGCAAUAUUGCUACUAGCAUUCAACAUAUUUACUACUACAAGUGAAAACCAUCCGGAAUUGCAUGGAGAGAACUUACAAUAUGGAUUCAUUUAUAUCUGAUUGGAACUUUUUACGAUCAUAUUAUAUUUAAAAAUUAUUUGAAGUUUUUAACUUAGUUCUAAAAUGUCUGAUAAAGUGAUUCGCCGUAUCCCAACAGCUUCUGCUGCUGUUAUUCAAGCAGAUCAACGUAGUUCCCAUAUAAUAAGUAGCUGCAUUGAUAUUAUGGAUCAGUCUGAUGUAGAAGCAGCUAUGAAGAAAUCUGAGAGUGAUACAGAAUUACUGAGUGGAAACGUAAUAAACUAUUCCUUAAACACUUUAACAAGAUCAAAAAAAAUUAGUAAUCUAGAAAAGACAGAUGAAGAAGAUAUUGUCAAAUUACGUGAAAAACAAGGACGUGGCCAAACUUUAGCGAGCAUGCACAUUAAUCAAGCUUUUGAUUAUCUUAGAACAUAUAAGAUGGAGCCACUUGAAGAGAGUACUAUUAUAACUGAAAAUGAUUACACAGACCUCCUGAAGAAUGAAACUGAAAAUGAUAACUACCCUUUAGCAUCAAACAAUAAUACUUCUUGUGGAAAUACUGAACUCCAUUCUUUACCUCAAAGUGAAGAAAAAGACUCUAUGUUUUGUACUGAUGGCUAUCAGCAUCAUGAUAUUGUAAAAUCCUCUGAGAAAAGUCCAAAUAAAUUUCUUAAGGAUAGUAAUACUAAUUUUACUGUAGUAAGCAAUCACACAGACAGUCACACAGUUAAAGAUCAAAGUGUCACAAACCAUGGAAAUAGAGAACUUUGUCAUGCUGAAUUUCAGUCAGAUUUGCCAAUUAGUAUAAGUCCAGAUUGUUCAGUAAAUGUAAAUGAAAACUGUUCUGAAUCAUUAAGAAAAGCUGGAGAUGAAAAUGAAAAUAAAAGGACAGCAGUUGAAGUUAAUUCUAAGAAUACUUCUGAAACAGUGUUAGAAGCACUAGCUUUACCUCAGGAAGGCAAUAUUUCAGAUUUAACAGUUGAAAGUGAUAAGAAGACAUCAUCUGAUUCUAAAGAGAAUUUUGCUUUGCAAACAGAUAAUUGCUUAAAUGUUGCUUCCCCUUUACAUGAUAUAAAAAAUAACAGUGACAAGAGUAACACAAGUACUGUUGGGGUUCAUGAUGCUCACAGUCAAAAUAAUGACUGCUCCAUUGAGAAUCGGACUGCUGAAAAUUGUGAUAAUUUGGAAACUCAUGAAGAUGAAGUUAAUUUAAAAUCACUGCCAUCAUCAAUGAGUGAUCCAUCUGUAAAAAGUUUACUUGAUAAAACACCAAGUCCUAGUUAUCUAAUACAAGGUGGCAUGUCGUUAAGAAGAGGAGGAAGGCAAACAAACCCACACUUAACCAUUCACAGCGAUGAUGAUUCGUCAGAUGAUGAUGACUCAGGCAUCUAUGCUGAAAGUACACGUAAUUCAGCAUGGAUUUGUGUAAGUGAUGAUGGAACACUUUCUAGCCGUAAUGAAUCUCCAACUGCUGCUCGUUUGCCAUCUAUUAGUGAUAUUGAAAGUGCAGAAGAAGUUGCUGUAGCAGCUGCUGCUACUGCUGCUGUUGCUGCUGAUGGUAAUUCUACUAAAAAACCGGAUGAUAAUGAUGUAUUUUUGGAGAGUAAAGCUGACUGUCAAGUGCCUUCAAACCACAAACGGUCUGAGUCAAAUGCAACCACAGUUUCAGAAAAUAGUUUCCGAAGACAGUUUCUUCAUCGAAACAAAAAAGUAGUUUUACGCAAAGAUAGUCAAACUGAAUAUCAAAGAUUUUCUGCUAAAUUCUUAGAAUGUGAAGAAACAGUGCAUUUAAUGAAAGAAUCAGAUGAAGAAUUUGGUUUACACAUUUUGGAUAGUCAUCCUACUAUUGUCACAUUAGUAGAUCCAGGGAGCCCUGCUGAAAAGUCUGGGAUUAGAACUGGUCACAUUCUAGUAUCUAUUAAUAAUGUCAGUGUUCUGGAAUCAUCACUUGAAGAAAUUAUAAAACUUAUUCAACAAUCUGAGGACAAAGUAUCUAUCACAGUUGGCCUAAGUAAUGUGUGCUACAGCAGAGAUCUUGAAGCUCCACUAAUGACUGGAUAUAUGCUCAAACUAGGAAACAGUCAUUUACCACUUCUCAAAAGGGCGUCAUGGAGAAAGCGAUGGUUUGUGUUACGAAAGGACAACUGCUUGUAUUAUUACAAAUCAGAAAAGGAAGACACACCACUGGGAGCAUUUCCAUUAGCUAACUAUUGUAUUUCUCGCUACUUGGACACCAAUAAGGAUUAUUGCUUUAAAGCAGAGAAGUAUGGUGCAAGAACUUAUUAUUUUAUGACAGAAAGUCGAGAAGAUAUGAACAGAUGGGUUGAAGCACUCCAAAUUGCUGCCCAUAGUUCACAUCGAAAAGAUUCCUGGCUUGAUGUUACUAGCCAUAAUGUUGGAAUUCCUGCUCUCGAAAUAAAGCGUCCAGAUUGUAGUGGUUAUUUGUAUAAAAUGGGCAUGAAUCGAAAAGUGUGGCGACGGCGCUAUUGUAUUUUGAAGGAUGCCUGUGUCUACUACUAUAAGAAUAUUGAAUCCAUUAGUGCCAAAGGUGUUGCUCACUUUCAUGGCUAUGAGGUAGAUGACAGUGCUCUGCCAGAGAAGAAAUAUGGUUUUGUUGUCAAUCCUCCUGAGAAGUCAUUGCGAACAUUUUACUUCAAUGCUGAAAAUGAAACCGAUAAGAAAAGAUGGGUGGAAGCUUUGAAGAAAUCUAUUGGAAGAUGGAUCAGAGUGCUUUGAAAAUGCUUACAUUAACAAUCCAUUGAAAAGAAAACUGCUUCAUUAUGCUGAGGACACUUUAACUUUUAUUUCCCUCUUGUACCAACCAUUAGCUUAUUAUUCUUCAUACACGAACAUCAACCAUUGAUAUCAUUGUCAAAGAUUUUCUAUCUACAUGCAUACACAUAUGUUGUUUUAGAUAUAUAAAGCUUCAAAAAUAUUGAAAUCACUCUCUAAAGAGAAUCAUAUGCUCCAAGAACACACGCAUAGUUUUGGGUAACUUUUAGAUUCUCCUUCCAUUAGUGCACUUUGUAGUGGAUCCAACCAUUUAUAUAUGUCAGCUUUAAACAAAGACAACCCAUACCUGGAUUCAAAGCUUUAUAUCUACAUACAUACAUACAUACACACACACGCAUGCAUGCACACACUCAUAUGUAUAUGAACUUAUAUAUAUAUAUAUAUAUAUAUAUAUAUGUAUGUAUGAAUAUGUAUGUAUGGAUACUUAUAUAUGUAUGAAUGUGUGUAUGUAUAUAUAUAUAUAUAUAUAUAUAUAUAUGAAUAUAUAUGUAUGGGCAUAUAUAUAUAUGUGUGUAUAUAAAUAUGAAUAUAUAUAUGUAUAUGCAUAUAUGUGUGUGUGUGUGUGUAUAUAUAUAUGUAUGUAUCUAAGUAUAUAUAUGUAUAUAUAUUUAUGUUUGUGUGUAUAUAUAUAUAUAUAUAUAUAUUAACACAACCCCACUAUUUACUGACUUAUAUAUAUAUAUAUAUAUAUAUAUAUAUAUAUAUAUAUAUAUAUGUGUGUGUGUGUGUGUGUGCGUGUCUGUACUGCCAUAGGAAAAUACUUCUUUCAUCUAUCUACAAAUGUACAUAUUCACCCAAAUAUCACAAACAUAUAGACGUUUCUCCUGUGGUAUACAUGAGGUUUCCAUUUUCUGCAGGAUUACCUCUCGGCACAUUGCCUCUUCCAUUCCUCAUUGCAAUUCAUAUAAGCUCUCCUCUCCCCUGUGACCAAUUUAGACAAUGCUUUGAAGCAUGCAUGUGUUACUGUUAUUAGAGAUGUUCUAAUAUUUGUACAAACAUCACUCAGAUUAUUAGAAACUUUUCUCAGAGUUCUUAAAACUAAAGGUGAUUACAGAAAAUAUUAUCAUUGGAACUUCUCAGUUAAACAUUAAAUUGUAAAAUACUGUGUGUGAGUAUGUGUGUGCACAUACUAUAUAUAUAUAUAUAUAUAUAUAUAUAUAUAUAUAUAUAUAUACACACAUAUAUAUAUACAUAUAUUUAUAUACAUUAUAUAUAUAUAUACAUUAUAUAUAUUUAUAUAUAUAUAUAUAUAUAUAUAUAUAUAUUUAUAUGCACACACACAAUAUUAUAUAGAUAUAAAUAUAAAUAUAUAUGUAUACAUAGACACAUAUUCACUUACACACACAUAUAUAUAUAUACUUUUUUUGCUUCAGUUUUGUUGUAUGAAUUAUUGCAAUAAAAUCAGUGGUUACCA